ACAGGGGAUGUACCACUAUCUGCAGAGAUGUUUCCCUGAUCUCCCGAAUCGGGGCAUUGUGGUGGGGUACGAUACACGCGGGCAUGCUGCAAGUAAUUGCACCAGCGAGAGGUUGGCUAAGCUGACAGCUGCCGUCUUUCUCAGCCGAGGUGUACAGGUCUACCUUUUCUCUAGAUACGUCCCGACUCCUUUUGUGCCGUAUGCCGUUCAAAAACUUGGAGCCAUUGCUGGUGUAAUGAUCACAGCAUCACAUAACCGCAAGGAGGACAAUGGGUACAAGGUGUAUUGGGAGAAUGGGGCUCAGAUCACUUCUCCUCAUGAUAAAGAGAUCCUGAAAUGUGUGGAAGAAGAUCCGGAACCCUGGCAUGAUUCCUGGUGUGUGAGAACCUUGCUGAUACCAGCUCACUAAACAGAGAUCCCCUGGAGGAGAUCACAAAGGGUUACAUGGAGGACUUGAGAGCCGUCUGUUUUCACAGGGAGCUGAACCAGAAGACCUCAAUGAAGUUUGUCCACACCUCAUUUCACGGGGUCGGUCACGACUACGUCCAGUCUGCGUUCAAAGUGUUUGGCUUUAACCCCCCCAUUCCCGUCCCUGAGCAGAAGGACCCCGACCCAAAUUUUUCUACUGUGAAAUGUCCGAACCCCGAGGAAGGAGAAUGUGUCCUGGAGCUUUCUCUCAGGUUGGCGGAGAAGGAAAGGGCCCGGGUGGUGCUGGCUACGGACCCCGAUGCUGAUAGGCUGGCUGUGGCUGAACUACAAGACUCAGGCCAGUGGAAGGUGUUCACAGGAAAUGAGCUGGCGGCUCUACUUGGCUGGUGGAUGUUCUUCUGCUGGCAGAAAUCAGAAAGGAGAUGUGAGGUGGGGGAUGUUUACAUGCUGGCCACCACCGUCUCUUCCAACAUCCUGCAAGCCAUCGCCACACAUGAAGGUUUUCACUAUGAGGACACUCUGCCGGGGUUUAAAUGGAUCGGAAACCGAGUGAAGGAUCUCUUGGAUAAAGGGAAAACCGUCUUGUUUGCAUUUGAGGAAUCGAUAGGCUAUAUGUGCGGGACAGCUGUGCUGGACAAAGAUGGCGUCAGUGCGGCGGUGGUUGUUGCAGAAAUGGCCGCUUAUCUAGACAGUAUCAAUAUGAGUUUAAAUCAACAGCUUAUCCGAAUAUAUGAGAUAUAUGGUUAUCACAUCUCAAAAACGUCCUAUUUCCUAUGCUACGACCCUGCCACUAAUAAGAGGAUAUUUGAUCGGCUGAGAAAUUAUACUGGUCCAAAGAGAUAUCCGCAGUCCUGUGGAACGUACGGCAUUCUCCACGUCCGGGAUGUGACCACAGGCUAUGACAGCAGCCAGCAGACCAAGAAAAGUUUGCUUCCAGUGAGUAAGAGCAGUCAGAUGAUCACCUUCACAUUUCAGAACGGCUGUGUGGCCACCCUGAGAAGAAGUGGCACAGAACCAAAGAUCAAGUACUACGCCGAGAUGUGUGGUAGCCCCGGACAGGGUGACAAACUAUUCCUGGAAGAGGAGCUGAAGAAGGUCAUUCAGGUUUUGGUGGAGGAAUUUUUGGAGCCCAGCAAGAAUGGAUUAAUUUGGAGAGCGAUGUGA